CCGGGCGAGGGCGGGCCUGGAGCGCUGCGGGGAGGCGCCAGCCGCGGACGGACGGAGCGGUUGCUGCUGGUGCAGCAGCUCCUGUGCGUUGGAGGCGGCGGCGGCGGCGGCGGCGGCGUGGAAAGCCAUCCAGCCGAGCCGGGAGAGCAGGCCGAGCGGGAAGGCGGACGGGCUGCGGGGCUGCAGGAACGGCCCGGGGAGGCCCCUCGAGCGCUCUCUUCGACUGGGCCCGCAUUCCGCCCUCGCGCCCACCCACUUGCGGCGAGACAGCCACUGGGAAGAUGGACCUGCCUCUGGGGAAUCCUCCCGCCCAGCCUCUCUCGGAGCUUCCACAGCCCGCUCCAUCUUCCCCAAAUGUAUGUGAGCUGCGCACAGCGGUGUCCUGCUUUGCUGAAGAGACUGUCUCCCUGCUGUCAGCCAAUGGCCUGUUAAGCCACUCCCUGUUCAGGACAGCCAGCAACACGGGGGCACAUCAACGGGAGCCAGCCAGGUCCUCAGCUGCAGCCCGGCGCAAGCGGGAAUUCAUCCCGGAUGAGAGGAAGGACGAUGGCUACUGGGACAAGAGGAAGAAGAACAACGAGGCAGCCAAGCGCUCCCGGGAGAAGCGGCGCGUCAGUGACCUGGCCCUGGAGGGGCGGGUGCUGGCCCUGCUGGAAGAGAAUGCCCGCCUCAAGGCGGAGCUCCUGGCCCUCAAAUUCCGCUUUGGCUUAAUUCGGGACCCAGCCGAGCCUUCCCGGCCAGUGGUCACUCUGACCACGGAGUCCCACCGGCCAGCCACCGCACCCCAGCACUGCCCAGUGGCUCCUGACCCACCGCGCUACACCUGCCCCUUCCGGCCCGAGCCUGGCACCAGCUCCGAGGACUCUGGGUUCUCCACCCCAGGCAGCUCCAGCAUGGGGAGCCCUGUCUUUUUCGAGGAGCGUGACAGGGUUGAGGAAGGGAUGCUAUACGAUGGGCAGUGCCUCGUGCCAGACACUCCAGGGGAUGGAGCUGAUCUGAGCCGGGUGGGCCGUUACGACUCUGGGGAGAGCGUCAAAGGUCUGCCCCACAAGCUGCGUUUCAAAAUGGCUGGGGGGUCAGAGGAGAUGGCCGGAGAGCCAUCGGGACACUACCCACCGUCCCCACCAGUAGGAACCUGGAGAGGGCCGGCCGCACGGGAAGAGCUGAGGAAUGGAGGAGCCCCUGUCAGCACGAUGGCGUUUGAUGGUGGUUGCGAAACGGAGGCCCCAGGGGCCCAGCUGCCGGCCCUCCAGGGGCCUGGGUACCAGACAGAAAACAGCACCCUGCGGAGCCAGCUAGCCUCACUUUCAGCUGAGGUGGCCCAGCUGAAAAAGCUCUUCUCUGAACAGAUCCUGAUCAAGAUGAACUGAACGGGUUGGGGAGGCACAGCUUGUCAGGGCUGGUUGCUCCCCCUUUCCCCCACAAUCAAAACCCAGCUUCUGUAUAUUUGUACAGAACUUGACCCUAGCGGGGUCUGUUUUGUCUUCUACAUGCCGUAAUAAAAAUUCGUCCUUAGGAUAAUGUGUCCCUCACAGCAAUUGCCCCAUUCCUCUGUUUCCAAACGGCUUACAUUCAGGGAACCCUUUCCACAUGGACUUGUCUGCCUUGGAACCACUUCAGAGAUUCUGGGAGGCCUUCUAUGUCACACAUGCAGUUCAUGUGCGCAGAGUGUGCCCCAAAAGACACCCAAGCAGUACAGUCUAGCGUAGGACUGGUGGUGGUGGGCAUCUCCCUUCUGCAGAAGCUUGUCUGCCACUGCUCGUUUUCUCAUUGGGGAACCCCAGAACGCAGUUUGGAAGCCACUGUCCUGUUUGAGUAUGACAUAAGCCCAUUAGUUCAAUUUCUUUCCUCCCCAAUGGAGCAGACCAAGGAGUCUUAACUGCCCCAGUCUCCCAAGCAUUAGUCACUGGAGGACCAUUGUUUCCUCCAAGCAGUGGGCCCGAGGCUGCCUCAUAGCCCCUACUCCUACAUUUUUCACACACAAACACACAACCCCCCCCUUUUUUUUGCUAGGCUGGAAAGAUGGGGCACAUUAGGGUGAGCACAUAGAUAAACCCCUCUCUGCAAUAGCCAGGCCAAGAAAUAAACAUGAUGGGCAACUGAGGCAUGAUAGAGUGAUGGGUUGGAAUGGAGGGGGCAUAAUAUGGGUGCCUACAUUGAGGAACACCACUGCAUCCCUCAAAUCAUUACUGCCUCCUACACUUUCCUGUCACCAUGCCCAGUACUUAAUCCCUAAAAUUAAGAGAUUCUGGAGCUCAGACCUGACUGGAAGAAAACCCUCUGACCAUCCCUGGGUGUGAGAGCUUGCGAAGAAUACUUUGUUCAUGCUCAAAAGUACUCUCCUUUGUUAGUAUUUGACAUGUUUCAGUGUGGUAGCCUGGCAUUUAAAUUACUCAAGCUGUCAAUGGAAGAACUUUAGUUGAUUAGUCUACCUUUUACUUAUUAAAUCCAUUGAUUCAGUUUAAAUUUUUGUGUAUUACCAUACCUGCCAUGUGGAUACCUUUUUGAGAUAAAUUAACAUUUUUAAUAAAAAGUUACCACUCA